CUGAGAUGCUGUGAACAUCUUUAACAAGCACCACUAGUCAGGAGGAUGCAGACAGCUGGAAAACCCUGAUCGUCGGUUCCCUGAAGUCAUUCCCCAUGAUAACAUAAACAUGCACCGAUAAAUCAUACACAGUCAGGAACAGGCAUCACAUAAGGGCACAUUGCUUGGGUCCCCCCAACUCACACCCCUACAAAGAGAAACCAUGGACAUUAUACAUUUCUGCCUGGAAAUAUACUUCGGUUGGCAGGCUGAGGACUUAAAGAAGAAGGGAAGAUUAGCUUUGCUUGCUGAAGUUCAAAUGAAGGAGUACAAUUGUUAAGUUUUUAUCAUGCCCUGCUCUUAUACAGCUAUUUUCUGUAUUGGUGAAUCUAGUUAAAGCUAUACUGUGGAAAGGAAUCAUCACAAUGAGAAAAAGAUCCAAGUGACUUUGGCUUCAGGACGUUCUAACAGAUGAUUCCUCAGAAAAUCCUAAUCCUUUUACCUUAGUGAUUCUAUGUAAGACUGCUUUCUUCAUCCCUCUCUACUACAGAAGUUUAAGUAAAAUGAAAAUAAUCAAAGUAUUGAAGCAUCAUUAAAGGUUGUUAGAGAACCCAAAAGCCGUGGAAUGCAGCUAUAGUCUGUAUGUGCAAAACAGAAUUUAAAAAAAAAUGAGAAAAGAACUAAACUACAUGCCAGGGCACAGAUGUCAUAUUUCUUCAGCAGUACAGACCAUUGUCAUUGGCAGAAACAGGACCCCCUUGGGUGUCACCUCCUUGAGAAUACCUGACAUGAUUAGUUCUUCUGAAAGACAAGAGGCAUCUUGCAGGGUAGAGAAGAGACAAAGUACAGAAGGGAGUAACCCCAUUUAUUCUGUGCUUCGAGCCUGCCAUACUACUCUGGAAGUAUAAAGGCAUGUUGCUUUAGUAAAAUGCAAUUAUUCAUUUCUUUCAGUCAGAAAUAGAAGAUGACAGAUAAAUAGAGCAGGUGUAUCAGAUGCUGAUAAGAGUUCUAAGUAUAACAUACAUGCAAUGUGGAUGACGUUGCAUAUGGCCAGUUGCAAGGCAUUUCCAAAGGCAGUCACUGAUGUCAAAGAACUGCAGAUUAAAAGUCGCUUUCAGUAAUAUCCUAUAAUUUGGAUACAUGUUCUGCCCACAGACUGUAAAGAGAUUUGCUCAGAAUGUGCUAUCAGUUAAAACAGCACCAUGUGACCUUGACAGGAACCUAAUCAUUCAGACAAAUACAGACCUACUAAAGGGAUGGUCUGGUAGAAGGAUACAUUUUCCUUGGAAGACAGUCAAUUUGGAGAGAUAUGGUUAGCAAAGAAUCUAGUUAUUCUGUUGCUCAAUGUACAAACUCCAACCAGGAUAAAACCAUGACUGUGAGAUCUGUGUUGCUGAACAGGGACUCCCCAGACAUUGAAAGCCGUCUAAAACGAAGGCGAAACCGAACUCAACAGGUUCGAUUUAAAGACCUUGUAGAUGGCAAUGAAGAGACUUGUGAAAAUAGUACCACCAAAGAGUCCAAUAAAAGAAAUGAAAUGAAUGAAAAGUGUGCCUCAGAGCCUGUAAAUAACACACCAUUAAAGGAAGAUUAUGUUUGGAACCCUAUAGGAGAUCAAGAGGAAAAUUCUAACUGUAAUUCAAUGGGAAGAAUUCAAGUUUCAAGAAGAAAAUGGGGCCAGCAGAGGCCUUGCUCACUUACCCUUCCUAAUCCCAAAAAGGUCUGUAUGAGCACAGCAAUACAGACCUCCCCAAGCCUGCAAAAACAGUUUCCUGCUUUUCGAUUCAGAAGUAAAAGUAUGGGGGAUUUCGGAGAAGUAGAUGACCAUGGCCAGCUGGAGCUCUCAGACCAGCAUUUAGAGCACAAAGAUGAAGGCGGGGGAAUGGUACAUGAAGGAAAAUUGCACAUUUCUGAAGUAGGAAGUACUGUUAAUGUUGGAAGUUGCACGACUUCCAAUGGAGAUGGUGGAAUGUUGCACAGUUCAAUAUUUAGUGACUCAUCAGAUGGCGGAUAUCAGUGUAUGCCUAAUGACUGGCAUCACAAGAGCUUGCAUUCUGAAUGUGACAAGAAGGGCUUAGACUCCUGUAUGACUUUAGUUUGCAAUACUUCAAAUAGCAGUGAAAUAAAUUGCCUUCAUGAUGAGACAGCUAUGUCUGCUGCUUCUUUAACUAAUUUCAGGAGCACAAUGUUGCCUACACUUUUUGAAAAACAACACUGCUACGGGGGAAGGUCCACAGUCUCAGUCACAUUUUCUUCAUCACCAAAAUCCUCCCCAAACACUUCUGAGAAAGAGUGCAGUCCAAUGCAUGAAUCACAUAUUAAACACAUGAAUGGCCAUUCAUGUCUACCUGCAGUUCUCCAGGAUGCAUGUCAAUUAAAUCAAACGCAUUCAAAAGAGCAGACACUCAAAAGUGAGAGACAUGAUAUACAUCCACACAACAUAAACCUUAAUACAUUGCCAAAUAGAGAUGCACUGUCUGAUAAAGAACUGUUUUUACAAAAAAACUUUAAUUCACAACAGCAUCAAACUUCCCGUCAGAGACUUUUACAUGCAGAUAAUGUGCAAGAUUUUACCUGGCCAGAGACCAAUAAUGCCACCGAUGACAAGGUGCAAAGAGAAAAAGCACUUAUUCAUACAGGGUGCUAUCAAAGUCCCAUUUUACAUGUUACUGUAGGUUCAUUAAACUCACCAAGAAACAUCUCUGGAGAUAUAAAACUCUCCAGAAGUAAUUCUCUGUUGACAGGAUCGGAAGAAAGCCAAACAACACUAGAAAAUAAUAUUUGUUCUACUCCAUCAACAAAUACAAAUAACUCCUCAGAGAUGCAGCACAAAGCAGCACAAGCUAGCCAUUACAGCAUAGAUCCAACAGAUUUGACAGACACAGACAAAAGCCUAACUAUCAAUUGUAGCUCACCAGAUUUAAUGGCCAUAAAUGCAAAUCUGCAGCAGUCAAAAGAAACAGAGGUCAGCAGGUUACUACUGAGUCAUAUGGACAACUGCAAACCCGAAACAAGCAAGUUUAGUUUGCAUUGUGAAAACCAAGUCUGCUCAGAAAACAGAACAUUAGAUGGCAUUCGGCACCUGUGUAAUGAACUACACUCACUUCACUUGGAAAGUGCUGCUAAUGUUCCCAUGAUUAACACAGACAAAGAGCAAUCUAAUAGUGCCGAUGGAUUUGUUUCAGUAAAGCCAGACUGUGCAGUGCCAUCUGAUACAGCUGUUUCAGAUGCCUUUGCUGGAUCCUCUGACCAAGCAGAACCCUCAUGUAUAACAAAGGAACAAUCAGAGACCCUGAGGCAAGUGAAAGAUCUUUUGGAACUUGUUACAAGGACCAAGGAACAUGUAGAACAGUCAAGGGCUGAGGGCUAUUCAGUAUCUCAGGGAAACAGUCAUCAGAGUGGUAACGUGGAAGGAAACAGGAAGACUCAGCAUGUCUACUCAGCAAAACAUGAUGUCAGCAACAUGCAGACAAGGCUGCAGGCUAUGGAAGAUGUUCUGGAGACAAGCAAGCAGACGAUUAAAGUCCUUCUGGAUGUAAUUCAAGAUCUGGAAAAGAAGGAUGCUCUUAGAGAUGGGAGGCAUUCUUACCGAACAGGGCAGGACAUUGCAAACUGUGGAACAUGUCAAGAUUGUGCCUGCAUCAUAUACAGUGUGGAACAUGACUUCAGGCAGCAGGAAGGGCGGUUUCAAAGGGUUCUAAGUGUGAUCGAAUCAGAUUCAGGUCAAAGUUCAUCAAGGUCAAGUACCCCCAGCAGAAAAGAAGAAUCCCCAGUGCCAAAGGAAUCCCACAGGACUGAAUCCAAAAGAUCAAAAAGGAAAUGCUUUUGGUUUUUAUGAUUCCUGCACUCUUUUGAAGGAAAUGAUUAAAAAAGAAGACAAUAAACUGAAAGAAAAACAGAAUUUUAGAUGUAUUCUCCAAUACUACAUUAAGGAGUCACCACUUACAAUCAUACUAUUGAAUAUUUUGAACUUCUUUUCAUAUCAAUAGACUUCUCAAUUAUGUAGAAAAAUAUUUAUUUGGUGAACACCAGCUUUUUAUAUUUUUAAAUAAACUACAAAAAUUGUAAAUAAGAUAUAUUAAAUUAUUUGUGAAUGCUAUAUUUGAAAAUAUGAAAUAAAGUACACAAGAAAAUAUUUUAAUUAUA